AUGGACUUGGCGAGCUUUAUACCCGUCUACUUCGCUUCUAAAAACGUUUAUUUGGUAACGGCAUUUCUUUGUUGGCAAACAGAUGAAGUUUUGAAGCUAUGGCGUGAAAGCCAGUCACUUGGUGUACGCCUGAGAGUUGUGUCAGACUGGCAGCAGAUACCAGAACUUCCUGCCUACGAUACGCACCGCGAAGGCAUCGUGUUUGGUGUCGGCUGCCCUGAGAGUGAACUGGUCCUUGAAAAGGCUUCAGUGAACCGUGCCUUCAACCUACGUUAUUCCUGGCUCUUUAUAGAACACUCACUGUUCAAUACUUCAACAAUAAAGGCAGUUUUGGGGGAUUAUGACAUCCUCCCAGACGCGGAUACGGUAUGGACAUCAUCAGAUUUAUCAGUGGAUGUGUACAGAGUGAAGCAAGGACAGCCUCUCCUUGUCUCUGAGCUUGCAAUUUACAGGAAAAUGACUCGAGUGGAACUGGACGCGACUUGGAGACGUAUGCCGACUGCGGUAGCGAGGCGGAAGGAUCUGCACAAUGUCUAUUUAAAAGCCGCCACAAUAAUUAGUCAGCCGCAGCACUUCAAGGGCUGGUCGGACCUGAACAAUCGCGCCAUCGACACCUUCCCUAAGCUCACUUACCCACUCCUCAUGCUCGCCGCCGAGGACCUACACUUUCGGUACAAUCUGAAGCAGGUUGAUCUGUACGGCGAGGAGCACAACGGGUCGUUCGACGGACUGGCGGGUCUGCUGCAGCGCGGGCAGCUGGAGGUGGGCGUCACCUCCAUGUUCAUGCGCAGCGACCGCUGGCGUGUGCUCCACUUCUGCUCCGAAACUGUAGAGCUUAGGUUGCCAACAAUGUUUAGAGAAAAUCAACACAUUGAAAAGGGUGCGUUCCUGUUCCGGCAGCCGGCGCAGUCGGCGGUAGCGAACGUUUUCGUGCUGCCGUUCAGCCGCGGCGUGUGGGCGGCGGCGGCGGCCGUGUUCGCGGGCGCGGGCGCGCUGCUGGCGCUGCUGGCGGCCGCCGCGCGCGCCGCGCGUCUGCCGGAUCCCGCCGCCAGCCACCUCGCCACGCUCGACUGCCUCACCUUCGUCAUCGGCUCCAUGUGCCAGCAGGGUUCCGACCUCUCACCACGUCUGUGGUCUCUGCGACUGGUAAUGUUUUUUACGUUGCUGGCCUCCCUGUUCGCGUUCACAUCGUACUCUGCGAAGGUGGUAGCUAUCCUACAGUCACCCAGCAAUGCGCUGCAGACCAUCGACGAUCUCACAAACUCUCCUAUGACCCUCGGUGUUCAGGAGACAACGUACAAGAAAGUUUAUUUUGCUGAGAGCCGCUCGGCGGCGACGCGGCGGCUGUACCGACGCAAGCUGCGGCCGCUGGGCGAGCGCGCGUACCUCAGCGCGGCCGCCGGCGUCGAGCGCUUGCGCACCGGACUCUUCGCCUUUCAGGUGGAGCAGGGCUCAGGCUACGAUAUUAUCAGCAAGACCUUUACGGAGCACGAGAAGUGCGGUCUGAAGGAGAUCCAGGCGUUUAAGUUGCCCAUGGUGGCCGUGCCGAUACGUCGUCACUCGGGAUAUAGAGACUUGUUGGCUUCUCGGUUGCGGUGGCAGCGUGAGACGGGUAUGACAGCACGUGCGCGGUGCACGUGGCUGGCCGCGGCUCCGCGCUGUGCUGGAGGAGGCGCGGGCUUUGCCAGCGUGGGGCUGCACGACGUGCUGCCAGCCCUGCAGGCGCUACUGAUCGGCUUCACGCUCGCCGCGCUGCUGCUGCCGUUUGAAGCGCUGCUGCACGCCAUGCGCCGCCACUGA